UCCCUAGUGUACUCUGCUACUUGCUGCCGCUGUGUGAGUUCACGGAGUAGUACAGAAGUUAUUGUGGACGCGCGAUAUCGCGAGACUUGUGCCAUUAUCAACCUGCUUGACACACAGCAGCUCUGAGUGCAGCCUGCCUUGCCAGGGUCGGACUGAAGCUCAAGAAACGACAAGGAGAAGCGAACAUCUGGCCGCACAUCAUGAAAGGACGUGGGAGCUUCUAGAAAAGAACACGACGAACCGGGCCGAAAUAAAUGUUAUGAAGGAAGAAUGGAGUUCCCAGACCAUAGCCGCCAGUUGCUGCAGUGUCUGAGUCAGCAGCGUCAUCAAGGUUUCCUCUGUGACUGCACUGUUCUUGUCGGGGAGGCUCGAUUCAAAGCGCACAGAGCCGUGCUGGCCUCCUGCAGCAUGUACUUCCAUCUCUUCUACAGGGACCAGCUGGACAAAAGGGACGUUGUGCAUCUCAACAGUGACAUUGUGACAGCCCCGGCUUUCAGUCUGCUCCUUGAAUUUAUGUAUGAGGGGAAGUUGGAAUUCAGCUCUCUCCCGGUGGAGGAUGUCCUGGCAGCAGCCAGUUACCUCCACAUGUAUGAUAUAGUGAAAGUGUGUAAAGGCAAGCUUAAAGAUAAGGAACUCUCCUCUCUGGAUGAAAAGAUAAGUGAGGGUUUGGGACUCGGCGGUCUGGAUAGGGAAAAUUCCUUCGAAGACGAGCUGCACAGUAAGCAGCUCAUCCGGCGACACACACAGUCUCUGGGGCUUCACAGAGCCCCCCCGGCAGACGAGUUUGACAUGGACAACAGCGAAGUCAGGCUGGCUGUCACAGAUUGUGAUAGGUCUGCAUGGAGCAGGCAGAAGGCAAACGGUCACUCUGGCAGGUCCCCGGACCUUGUAGGUGUCAAUUAUUUGUCAGCAGAGGCCGAGCCCUGUGUCCAAACAGCUGGAAAAACAAAAGCUGAUGUCAGUAGUUCCACCGUAUCGCUGUCCCAGAGGUCCCGGGCUUCAGAUGACAUGGACUGUGCACUGGAUUUGUCUUUCAAGCCUCUGUCUAGCAGAGAUCCCUUACACCCCUCCUACGUCUCGGGACAGCUGGCCCUCGACAGCCAGCAGCAGGGCACUGAGCCACUUGUUAAAGACGAACACGACUUGCUGUCAGAGCAGGAGGACAGUGAGCCGAUGAGCCCUGAGAGCCAGCGCUUUGGGAAUAGUGCCAGGAGCUCAGUGGUGACAGGGUUCGCUGCCCUCUUCCCAGGCAACAACGGCUCCACAGCCGCCCUGCUCUCCCAGGAGGAGGACCUGAUGGACGAGGAGGGGGAGGCCUGCAGAGGGAGGGAGGGCGCCCCAGGCAGGGAGGUAGAGGAGAGGAGGGGUAGGCUGCUGGGGGACAGCGAGGAGGAGGAGGAGGACGACUUGGCCUCUUCAGACAUCUCCACCUCCAGCGGGGUGCUCCUGCCCCCGGGGCAACAGGUGUGCGUGUGCCCCCUCUGCAGUAAAGUCUUCCCCAGCCCCCAUGUGCUGCAACUGCACCUCAGCUCACACUUCCGUGAGAAGGACGGCGCUCGCUCCAAGUUGUCCCCCGACGGCUCGGUCCCCACCUGCAUACAGUGCAACAAGACCUUCUCUUGCAUGUACACCCUCAAGCGUCACGAGCGCACACACUCUGGCGAAAAGCCAUACACCUGCGGCCAGUGUGGCAAGAGCUUCCAGUACUCUCAUAACUUGAGUCGGCACGCUGUAGUUCACACACGCGAGAAGCCUCACGCUUGUAAGUGGUGUGAACGGCGCUUCACCCAGUCUGGGGACCUCUACCGCCACAUCAGGAAGUUUCACUGUGGCCUUGUCAAGACUCUUGCCAUUGGAUAAAACACUUCUCACCAGUGCCACGACACAAGACCGAAUGUCGUUUCAUACACUGAAAACUACUACUGAACACUUUCCCCCAUUAGUACACGCAUCACAUGUUGGCAGUUUGUUGGAGAUGUUUUUUGGAUUCUACCCCAUGUGGCAUUUCUCAAGUUAAAGAUGUAGCAAUGUUAAAACUGGAGCUGUUUUCUGUGUCACAAGCAUACAUGAUGGUCAGACGCAGACAGUUGAAGGUGCACAGGCUGUUAGUAUAAACAUGGGUGCUGUGAAACCCACGCUGGAUCUGUGUGGACGAAGGUGAACAAAUCAGAUGAUGCACUUGUUUGUUUCUCUUUUGUUUGUCAAUCUUUUGAGUUAAUUUAAGGAGUACAUUUGCUGAAAUAUAUCCCAUGUUCACACCCUAUGGGCAAAUGGAUGCUAGCUAAUGCUAACACAUGUUAAUACAAUCGUCAGAGUGAGUGAGACUUUUAUUUGUGCACAUGGGAGAUCAGAACCGUCCGCAAGUAGCAAUAUAUGAUUUUUAACUCUUACAUUAUUAUUAUUAUUAUUAUUAUUAUUAUUAUUAUAAUUAUUAUUUAUUUUUUGGGAUUUGUUUAGUCCUUAACAAGCAAACUACUAUAAGGCAGCAAAACUAAUGAAGUUUGACUACUGGAAGUAUAACUAUUGUUUUUGAUGGAAAUAGAAUUUUUGUUUGGUUGAAAUGAAGUUGGUUAGUUUUAUGUUGUUUAUAACAAGAGGCAAGCAGACCAUCAUAUCACCAUAUUUCCUUUCUCUUUUUUUUUCCUUAGGGUGAGAUACCAGCUGUUUAGUUGCUAAUGUAUGUGAGCAUAUAUCGCUGGAACGGCCUUCUAAUUUGCUACUUAAAAUAAGUUGUAUAAUCAGAGGAAGGAUGGAGAGUACUUAAAAGCUAAUGCCUGUAACACUGGUGCCUACUAAAAUGCUUAUCACUUCACCUAGUGUACUUACUUCUACAAGAAUGAGAUAAAUCACUUUGCCUUCUUGUAAAGUUCUGUGAGUUUUCAGGCCUUUAAAAAAAUAUAAUCUGGAGUACACGCCCCAUACCAGGUGGUAACAAAGGUAAUUGUCUACUCUGGAAUGCCAAUUGAUCCAUGAGCGACCUUAGUUAAGCCAUUUACAAGAAUGGAAUAAAAAUGCGUAAAUCAAGCUCUUGCCGAUUAAAUAGUCAUUGACUUGUUUUGUUAAAAGAAAAAUGGUUGCAAGGAAAUUACCUUGUUAUUUCCUGGUAUGGCGUACAGGGUACACUGACAUGGUGUUAAGGGCAAACCCCUUAGCAGGCAGACAGGGAGGGGGGGAGACAGGUGGCUAUUCAGUACUUUGUUUGUGUCAUCAAAGCUGUGCUCCAAGUGCCAUUCAGCUGAAUCUACUGACUUUUUGUUCUGUAAAUUAACCUUUUCACAUCCUAAUAUCUUCUCACUGUACGUGUGUACAUUACUACUGACGGAGCUGGAGCCUUUAGAGAUGCUUCUUCUUGAAAGAAUCUUUGGGCAGGAAAUGGAUUUCUUCCCUCUGUUCACAUAGAUGCUAUCUGGAUUCUUAACAGGGGGCGUAUUUGUCUAAUCUGUCCUGAGAAGACUUGACCAGAAUUUAUUUAUUAGUUUGACUUGGUUCAGGGUUAACUGUAGGUGUACUUCUUAUUUCUGAAAGCUUGAAAGACGCCACGUUUUGCCUAGCGAUCUUGGUACUUAUUAACUGGUAUUAGGGCUGUCUGUCCAUUUUCUUUGUGCAAAUCAAGAUAAUGUAAUGGUAUUUCAAUAUACCGUGUAGAAAUCUCUGCGGAGUGUUCGAGAUUUGUCACAUGGAACAUAGAGAAGCACUUGUUUAAAGCAUGCAUAUAGUUUCAACACUAUUGUCUAGGCUGCUAUUUCUUACUAUAUGUAUAUUUAAUGUAAAUAUAUAUUCUAUUUAUCAAACUGUUUUUGUUUUUCCGUGUUACAUGUGUAAGGUGAAGAGAGUCAGGUGUCUUAUCAAGACUGCAGUCUCUUAAAUUGUCACGUCUUCCCUAAGGAGUUUGGUUCCUUCUCCGUAGUCAAGAAUUGAUAAGACUCCAAAUCAGAACAGUUAAUACGCUAGUGCCGCUCUGACUGCUGUUCUGCCACAGGAAACAGUUGUUCACAAGCACAGCCCCACUGAUACGGCAUUGGCUACCUAUAGAGGGGAGACAAUACAGGCAUUGUCCCCCCCCCAUCACCACCACCACCAAAUCCCAGGUAAUUCUUAAGGGAUCAUUGUGUAUCUCUGUGCUAGCUGUGGGGAGAAAAGGCAGCGCAAGUCUCUCUUUGCACUUUUCUGUAUUGAAUGGAGCCAUUGGAAUGUGAGAAAUGUAUUUAGCAAACGGAGACCAAGGACACUGUAAACAGGUGUAUUGUGUUGGAGGCAUCAAAAGAACAGCUCCCCCCCCAUCCCAGCAUGCAGUAGAUAAAUGCUUCAUUGUUGUUCCUCUACAUGGAGGAGUUACCACAGUGAUUUGAUUGCACAACCAUCAGGAUAAUAUCAGAAUUAUCAGAGAAUUGCUUUCCAAGUGCUAGAUUUAAAAAGGCUAAAAAUACGUCUGACAAUACAUGUCAAAUGUAAGCGCUGACUACCUAUCCAUUUCAGCAUAGCACACCCUAAGGUGUUUUUUUUGUUUUUGUUUUUUUUAAUGUUAAUCAUCAAGGCGUCUUUCAGGACACAUGAUAAAUUCACAUUUGAUUUCUCAGUAUUUGCAACGGUUGGUCAACAUUUCUAAAGAAGCCCAAGUCGAGAACGAGUCAAAAGCAUUUCUCUGAGAAUUACCGCAAUCUGUUUUCAUUCUACUCCCCGACCUGCAGUCAGCGAUGGGGCUUGAAUGAACAAGGCUUGUGUGUUACUUUACAAGAAAUGUGAUCUGGCUGUUGCACUAACACUCGUGCCGUUCGCAUACCCUGAGAGUUUAAUCACUUCAGUAAGAACAAUAAAUGUCAGAUACAUAGCUGUUGUGUAGUGUUAAUAAUGUCUAUUUCAAUCAGAACACAGGAAUGUAGAUUUUGUCACUGUUUGAUUUUUAAAGGAACAUUUCUUAUAUGGUGCAAAUGAAAUAGCUUGAUUCUUUAAUGUACAUGUGUACAGAGGUAGAAAAACUAACGAUAUGUGAAGAAUUUCUUUUCUUUUUAUUGUUUACCAUCUUUAUUUAUACCUCCAGAAUGAUCACCAAAUGUGCCUUGUAGACACGAGUAGGUGUUGCAUCUGGAGAAGCCCUUUUUCUAUAUUGUACAUUUUUGCCCUUGUCUGCGGCGGUAAACUUCAUAUCACAGCAACAAAAACCCAUUGGAAGUGGUGUUCCUGUUUUUCUAUCAUGUCAAAAAUCUGAGUAAAAAAAAUUUCAAGUCCAUUUAUUCUUUGCUGCUUUGCAAGAGAUUACAUUUGAGAUUUAUUUUACCAUUCUUGUGAAUAAAUCUGUAUGUGUUGAACUGAAGACAUGCAUUUUUGUGAUUUGGCUUUUAAUAGCCAAUACUACUGGGAACUAACAGUCUGUUUAUUUUGUUUAUGUCACUGUUGAAUGUGAAACACUUGAGAUUUUGACUGUUGACUUCUAUGGAAACGGCGCUACUCUUGAUCGAGGGCUAUGUUUGCCGAACUCAUGCUGUAUGUAUGUAGUCUAAAAAAAUUACUUUACCAAUACUGGAAUUUUGUCCACUGCAGGUUACAACUGUGAAAUUGCGUAUAAUCAUGAGAAAUAUUUAUUAUGACAUUUGCUUCUUGUGCAACGUUUGACCGUCUGUUUUAAUUUGGUAAAGAAAAAAAAGCUUCUAAAUGUCAAACAAAAGUCUUUUUCAUAGAAUUUGUAGAAGUGCCAUUAGAAUUUAAUAUAAUUUUUUAAUAAAGGUAUAUUUUAUAGUAAUCAAUUGCUUCAGUGUUAGUGGUGUAGAGAUUAGAGGACAAUCUUUAUGCAGAAUUGACAUUGGUUAGAUACUGAGGCAAUUUACUCUUGAUCUAUAACUGUAUGUGCAUUUUCUUUGUUUGCGCUUUUGGAGUGUGCUUGUGUGCGUGUGCUGUGGAAAUGUGACAAUCUUGAUUUAGAUCUUUCUUAAGAUUAUGCAUAGAAUUAAAUGGAACAACUUUC